GUUUGUACCUCACUAAUCCUUCCCUUAUCCUCAGCAUGGGAACAAAGUCCUGGUGCCUCUGAACAGGUCACAGACGACAGUAAAGCAGGCUGGAGGAAGCCCUUUGAUGCCGUUUCAGGCUGGAAAGAUCCAGAGGAACCUAGAAAAGGGGCAGGAUGGGGCAGCUCCUGCUCCAGUUCAGCUAAGACUGGUUCAAAAUCUAUGCAACAUGGCUGGGGUGAUGAAGGUAUAAAUGCUUCACGCCAUUCCAGUUGGGAGGAGGAAGAUAGUGGUUCAGUCAUGUGGGGCAACAGGUCUCAGGACACUUCCUCCUUUUCUUCUGGGGUUUGGAACCAAGGUCAGAGUGGCAGGAGAAGUGGAGCAAAGGUUCCUCCCAAAGGAAAUGUUGGAGGUUCCUGGCCAGGUUCCAUAACUCGUCAGCUGUCAAACAUGGGGAUCACGGAUGAAGAUGUGGUCUCAGCAUCAGACAGGAGCAGGAGAGGGAUGAAUGACUUUAAUGGGGACAUGAGGAAGGGAGGAAGAGGAGGAGGAAGCUUUCGCUCACACAGCUCCAAGGAACCGGGCAUGACAGAUGUGUUUAAUAGCAGUAGCUCUGCACAUUUAAGAGGAAUGCAGCAGCCUGGUGUGCGUCACAUCAACCCUCCCCCUGGUGUACGAGCACAAGUGCCUCAGCCGUUCCUCCCUCCUCAGGUGAACCCGAUGUUCCCCCCACAGCUCUCCCCUCAGCACUUAGCCAUGCUCAGUGGGAUACACCCCCAUGUGCAGCAGGUCCAGCUGGCAUAUCAGCUCCUCAUGCAGCAGCAGCAACAGCAGCAGCAUUUCCUGUCUCACAGGAAGUUCUCCCAUGUUCCUCCUGUGCACCAGGACCCACAGCAGUUGGCCCGUAUCAUGGCAGUUCUUCAGCAGCGCCCCAAAACCCCCACAUCUACCCCAGGUCUUUUUCCAGGUCCAGUGAAGCUCAGAGGCGACGCCUCGUAUCCCCACUAUGAUCUGGUGGGAGUGGAGAAUGUGGGCGUGGCCUCCCCAAAUCUGAUUGACAAUUGGCAUCGAAACCCUGGUGGUAAAUUAAGCACCGCCCCUAACACCCCCACCUGGCCACCAGAGUUUCAGCCUGGUGUUCCCUGGAAAGGUGUUCAGAGCCCUGAGCCUGACCCGAACCCAUACAGUGGAAUGUUGGGGGAAAACACACUCGCUGAUACUGAACACCACUUACUGCAGGAUAACACUGUCUCUCUGUCAGAGAUGAACACCGUACUGCCUUCACCUGCUGCCUGGCCUUACUGUGUUUCUGACACACACAACUCGGCUAAAUUCCCUGCGCUGGCCACUAGCUGGCCUCCUGAGCCAAUCGGACACAGGACCAAUCGAAACAGCUCCCAGCUGACCCGCCCACCUCCGGGUCUGACCCAUCAGAAGCAGUCUUCAUGGUUAGGGGCGGAGCCUCACAUGCCCAGAGGGUGGGGUUCGGAGAGGCAGAGCCUGGAGUCACCUUUUGGUACAGAGAGCUCAUGGAGUGGUGGAUCAUCUACAGGAAGCUCCUGGCUACUGCUGAGCAACCUCACACCACAGAUCGACAGCUCCACUCUAAAGACAAUUUGCCUGCAGCAUGGCCCACUGAUGACCUUUAACCUCGGCUUGGCUCAGGGCAGCGCUCUGAUUCGCUACUGCAGUCCUGACGAGGCAGCCAAGGCCCAGAGCGCACUGCACAUGUGUGUCCUGGGUAACACCACCAUCCUGGCUGAGUUUGUGAGUGAGGAGGAUGUGGCUCGGUACUUCACACAUUCCCACAGCAGAGAGACAGACGGGGAGACAGACAGAGACACGGAGAGCGAGACAGGUGGAGGAGGAGAGACGAAGCUCGGCAGGGACAACCUGGACGGGGCAGGACUCUCUCUGUUUAACCAGUGGGGCCACAGCCGGGGGGGCGGGGUGUGGGGAGGGGUGCCGUCCGGUUACCACGGCAACAACCUAUGGGGUUCUCCUCAGGUUGAGGACAGAGGGCCUGGCUUGUUGCUGAGCAACCUGUUAGGAGGUGGGGCUGAUACUUUGUGAUGUGUGACAGACACACACACACACACACACACACACACACACGUUUCUGUAUGAAGACUGGACACACUUGUCUCUGUGCUCACACACUCAGUGAUUUUAUCACCUCACAUCAUCUGAUUUAUUCUCCAGUUUGUUAUAUGACUGAACUUCAGGUCUCACUGGUGACAUUUAACCAACAGAUUCACCGUCAGUCUGAAGGAAUAAAGGGGACAAGAUGAGAAAUAUUAAAUAAGACAUAUUAAAGUUCAGCUGUCAAUCAUUACAGGUUUUAAUCAGAAAUCUCUCUUUAAUAAAGCAUUUAUAACUUAGAUUUAUACAGAAAACUUCUUUAACAAAACCAUUUAUUAAUAAAAACAUAAAGGAUUAAAAAUAGAAUAUAGAAAACCAUCAGAACUGAUCCUGUAUAAUGUUAAUAAUUAACACAGUAAACUCACUGCAGCUCUACAGAACUGUAAUCACAUCACUGCAGUGUGAACACACCACUCCAUUAUCACUGCAGUUUAGCCACGCCCACUUCCCUUUAUCACUCUGAUUCAUUUACACUGACUCCGCCCCCUGAAGGUGUGACACUCAUCAGCCUGACCAGUAGAUGUGUACAGGGCAUGCUUUAAAGUGUGUGUGUGUGUGUGUGUGUGUGUGUGUGUGUCUGUGUCUGUGUGUCUGUGUGUGUGUGUGUGUGUGUGUGUGUGUGUGUGUGUGAGAGAGUGAGAGAGUGUGUGAGUGUGUGUGUGUGUGUGUGUGUGUGUGUGUGUGUGUGAGACUGGGGGUGGGGGGGUUGUGUUUAUAGUUUAAUUUGCAUGUGUGCACUUUACUGUGUGUAGCUGCUUUAUGAGAGUUUAUGUUGUGACCUUUAUGUACUUUGUGCUCUACACACUGCUGUUUUCUGCUACAUGGUGUGUGUGUGUGUGUGUUUAGUGUACAUUCAUGUAGCCUUUUGUAAUCUGCAAUAAGAGCAUUUUAAAUACAUGACUGUGUGACUGCAAUUUUCUGUCAUUCAAAUGUGUUUAAACAGAGGUGAUGUAAUUGUGUGUGUGUGUGUGUGUGUGUGUGUGUGUGUGUGUGUGUGUGUGUAACAUACAGUGUGUAUCCUGUAUUGAGUUUUUACAGAAGACUUAUUUAAUAAUAGACACACAUACAGUGUAAUAAACACUGAGUCUUUUUGCUUGAAA